AUGGAGGUGACGCUGCUGUUAUUAGACAAGGCAUCACCCAGUGAGAGUGACCAUGAGUUAUUGGACCCGUUCGUCUCGCUAGCUGAAUUUUCCGUUUCACCUCCUGGUGGAUUCAGAGAUCAUCCUCAUAGAGGAUUUGAAAGUGUUACAUACAUGUUGCAAGGAGGCAUCAUUUACCAAGACUUUAAUGGUCAUAAAGGUACAAUCCAUGAAGGAGAUGUUCAGUGGGUGACAGCAGGAAGAGGAAUUAUUCAUUCGGAAAUGCCCGACGAAGAAGUUAACAAUGGCAUACAGCUCUGGAUCAACCUCUCUUCCAGUGACAAGAUGAUCAAGCCAAAAAACAAAGUAAUAUCCAGCACUGGUAUUCCGAGAGCAGAGAAAGAUGGAGCAGAGGUCAAAGUCAUAGCCGGAGAUUCAAUGGGAGUCCAGUCUCCUUUCUAUACAAAAACACCAAUCAUGUUCCUUGACUUUACUCUCGAGCCAAGAGCUCAUACCCACCAGACAAUCCCAGAGUCAUGGACCGCCUUUGCCUACGUUAUACAAGGCGAUGAAGGCGUGUUUAGUUCCUCAGACUCUUCCACAGUAAAAGCACAUAAUGUUGUUGUAUUUGGAACAGGAGAUGGAGUUAGCGUGUGGAAUACGUCAAGCUCUAGGCCAUUGAGGUUCUUGUUGAUUGCAGGGGAACCGAUCGGGGAGCCUGUAGUUCAGCACGGACCAUUUGUGAUGAACUCACAGGCUGAGAUUGAUAUGACAAUUGGGGACUAUCGCAAUGCCAAAAAUGGAUUUGAAAUGGCUAAGUAUUGGAGGUCAGAGUGAAGAGUUUGAAGCU